CUGCUGCACCGUUGGUUAGUUCUGCAUUGUAGUGACAGAUCUUGGGGUUAUCUCGGGGUCCGUCACAUACCUUCCACAGAAUCCUUACGCGGGAGAGAUGAAAUCUUCCUGCUGGGCUGGACCCGCGAUCUGAGGGGUUCUCGUCUGGAUGCGGCAACUUUCACCGCGGGAGAGACCUCAAAGUCGAAAUGGGGCAUGCCAAGAGGCACUCGGUGUUCCAGCCGACGAUGGCGGAGGCAUCAAGAGGCUGGGGCGAAGUUUGGGGAAAUACGGGGUCCUCUUCGGUAA